CAAAAGAAGAGGUGAACAUGAAAUGAAAUCGUUUGUCUUAAAUUCUUCUCCUCCCCAUGACGAUUAUCCCUUAAACCUUGCAUUACUCCUAAAUAGUCAACAGCUAACCAUCUUCCCGAAAUACAGUUAUAAAAAUCCAAAACAUUCUUUUCAUUCACAUCCUACCCGGAGUUUUAAUGUUACACUAAAGUUCUUAGCCCAAAGCUCGAAAAUCAGAAAAACAAUGUCCUCAGCCUCUCAAUCAAUUUGGAUCUUAUGGUUUAUAUCUACUUAUCUUUUCUUCGGAGUUGUCUCAGCUCAAACAUGUUCAAAUUACACUUUUUCAAGUAACAAAGUCUUUCGUUCUUGUAGUAAUUUGCCAUACUUAAAUGCAAAUCUGCACUGGAACUACAUUGCAUCCACCAAGAAAAUUGAAAUUGCGUAUCGAGCACCUCAAAGUUCUAAAGGAUGGAUAGCCUGGGGGGUAAAUCCAACUGGCACAGGCAUGGCUGGAUCACAAGUAAUUGUUGCUUUUCGUCAUUCAAACGGUAGCAUGAUUGCUCAUCCGACCCAGCUAAAAAGUUACAAACCAUCGAUGCAGCCAGGGUCUCUUAGCUUUCCAGUGUCUAAUAUCAAGACUGAAUACUCAAAUAAUGAGAUUAUGAUAUUUGCAGUUAUUGGACCUCUGGAUAACAGUAAUGUAAAUCAUGUUUGGCAAGCAGGAAGUUCUGUUUCGAAUGAUGUUCCUCAAAUGCAUCCUGCAUCUGGAGAUAAUGUUCAAUCUCAUGGAUCUGUAGAUUUUCUGUCAGGCUAGGGACCGCGAAGGCGCGAACACGUACACACAGACACGCAUAAAAGUUGCGAUAAAUAUUUCCAUUGUGUAUUAAGGUUGUGUUUACAUCUAGUACUAAUGAUGUAUAUUAUAGAUAACUAGUUGCUACAGUUGAAGUAAAAUCAGUGUGGGUUGUUUUCCUAACUAGUGAAGAAUUGUUUGCUACGCUAUAUAUGGUCUCAUAGUGAAUGCUGUCGUGCAACUGGUCAUAUGUUGUUUUUUGAAAAUUACUGGUCAUAUGCUAUGAUUUCGAUUUUA